UACUAAUUCAACCAAAGUACUAACUGUGAAAUGGACGAUGAGUUUGUUUAUUUUUGAACAGAAAAAAAUCAACAUUUACAUUUUUAUUGUUUAUCUAGUGAUGCGUGAAAUCGUUCACAUGCAAGCUGGACAAUGCGGAAACCAAAUCGGAGCAAAAUUUUGGGAGGUAAUUUCGGACGAGCAUUCAAUUGAUGCAACCGGCACAUAUUAUGGCGACAGUGAUUUACAAUUGGAACGCAUAAAUGUUUAUUACAACGAAGCGUCUGGCGGAAAAUAUGUGCCACGCUCUGUUCUUAUUGAUUUGGAGCCAGGCACUAUGGACAGUGUGCGUUCAGGACCAUUUGGUCAACUUUUCCGGCCGGAUAACUUCGUUUUUGGACAAUCUGGUGCUGGAAAUAAUUGGGCCAAAGGACAUUAUACAGAAGGAGCCGAAUUGGUCGAUUCAGUGUUGGACGUUGUACGCAAGGAAGCAGAAAAUUGCGAUUGCUUACAGGGGUUUCAAUUCACUCAUUCGAUUGGUGGAGGUACUGGCUCUGGCAUGGGCACGUUGCUCAUUUCAAAAAUCCGCGAGGAAUAUCCAGAUCGGAUCAUGAUGACAUUUUCAAUCGUGCCCUCUCCAAAGGUAUCUGAUACCGUCGUCGAGCCAUACAAUGCCACAUUGUCCGUGCAUCAACUCGUCGAGAACACAGACGAAGUGUUUUGUAUUGACAACGAAGCACUCUACGAUAUUUGUUAUCGUACAUUGAAACUGUCAACGCCUACUUAUGGCGAUCUCAAUCACCUUGUGUCAGCAACUAUGAGUGGUGUCACUACAUGUCUUCGAUUCCCUGGCCAAUUGAAUGCCGACUUACGUAAAUUGGCUGUGAAUAUGGUACCAUUUCCACGUCUUCAUUUCUUCAUUACCGGUUUCGCUCCACUCACGUCUCGUGGAUCACAACAAUAUCGAUCACUUUCGGUGCCAGAAUUGGCACAACAAAUGUUCGAUUCAAAGAACAUGAUGGCCGCCUGUGAUCCAAGACAUGGAAAAUACUUGACAGUGGCUGCUGUAUUCCGUGGUCGAAUGUCCAUGAAAGAGGUGGACGAACAAAUGCUCAACAUUCAAAAUAAAAAUAGCAGCUACUUUGUCGAAUGGAUCCCUAAUAAUUGUAAAACGGCCGUUUGUGAUAUUCCACCACGUGGUUUGAAAAUGUCGGGCACAUUCAUUGGCAACUCAACAAGCAUUCAGGAACUAUUCAGACGCGUAUCAGAACAAUUUUCUGCUAUGUUUCGACGCAAAGCUUUUUUGCAUUGGUAUUUGGGAGAAGGAAUGGAUGAAGCUGAAUUUGCCGAAGCCGAAAAUAAUAUGAACGAUUUAAUCUCGGAAUAUCAGCAAUACCAAGAAGUUGGUACCGAUCUUGAUGAAGAUGAAUUGGACGAGGAGACAGAAGGAUAUUAAAAUUUAAAUGAAAUUGUAUUGUAAACAAUAACAAAAAAAAAACCGC